CACACAAAUGCCUGCAUAAAUGUAAAGCAAGAGCAAGUGUAAGCUAGUAGUCCUCUCUCUCUCUCUCUCAACCCUUAGCUUGCAAUUCUUCUCUCUUCAUGCAUGCAUGUCUACACAAAAUGAUAUACAUACAUAUAUACUUGCAAGCAGUAGUAGUUAGUUAGCUCUCUCCCACACAGGCAUACUUGUACAGCUGUGCUACAUACUGAUGAUGGCGUCCCAUGAACCCCACCACCACCUACUCGGCUUCUCCUCCUCAUCGCCGGUGACUCCUAACCCUGCCGCCAUGGCCAUGGCCUUCGACCACCACGGCCUGUUCGCUCCACUCCACGGGGACAUGCCACCGCGAUCCGGAGGUGCCGACGACAGGCCAUGGCCGCCGCAAGUGUCGACGCUCUCUCUCUACGACACGGCCAGCCAGCAUGAGCUGCAACCUUUCACGGUGGCGCCGCCAUCGAUGAUGUCCAUGCAGCAGCAGCCCUUCCGGUUAAAUAGCUCUAGGUACCUGGGCCCUGCGAGGGAGCUGCUUGGUGAGUUCUGCAGCCUCGAAGGUGAUGCCAUGAACGGCGGCGCGAUGAUGCGAGCUCCGAAGCGGGACGGUGAAGUGGAGGCGUCGUCGCCGGCGUGUGGCCCAUGGGGCGCCAACCCGUCUCUGAGCUCCAUGAAUUACAUGGCGCUCGAGAGGAGAAAGGCCAGGCUCUUGUCCAUGAUUAAAGAGGUGGACAGGUGCUACCGACGAUACCGUGAGAAAAUGCGGGCGACAGAGUUGUCGUUCGAGGCGGUGGCCGGCACGGGGGCAGCACAAGUGUACACGAAGCUGGCGAUGCGUGCCAUGUCACGCCACUUCCGAUGCCUGAGGGAUGCGCUCGUGGGGCAGAUACGAACUUUGAAGAAAUCAAUGGGGGAGAGCAGGGAUGCCGAGGGCAUGUUGGUAGCACCGGGUGCGUCAAAAGGGGACACGCCGAGGCUAAGGGUUGUGGACCAAUGCCUGAGGCGGCAAAGGGCGUUCCAGCAAUAUGGGGGUGCUGCCGCCAUUGAGAGCUGCCCAUGGCGCCCCCAGCGCGGCCUGCCAGAGCGCGCCGUCGCCGUCCUCCGCUCGUGGCUCUUCGAGCACUUCCUCCACCCGUAUCCAAAUGACGUAGACAAGCACAUUCUGGCGCGCCAAUCUGGGUUAUCAAGAAGCCAGGUUUCCAACUGGUUCAUCAAUGCAAGGGUUAGGCUAUGGAAGCCCAUGAUAGAGGAGAUGUACGCAGAAGAAACCAUACAACAUGAGGACGGUGGCACUAGCGGUGGUAAAGGCGAACUUGCUCCCACGGAUCAUCAUCACAACAACUUGGCAGCAUGGACGACGGUUACGACAACAGGAGAUCAAAGUUGCCAUCGCCUUAGCGGCAGAAACAACCCUGGUGACUGCUUCAUCCCAUCCUCCCUGGUUGCCGACGGCAGCCAAUUUCUCCAUGACUACCCAAGUUUGUGCAGUGAUAGCGGCAGCGGCAUGGUGUCGCUUACCUUGGGACUCCAACAGCAACGGGCGUUUACAUCACCGGCGAUGAUCAUGCAACAACAAUCGCCGCUCAUGAUUGGAGCUGAGGAGGAAGACAUGGUGCUACCGUAUAGGAACCUCAUGGGGUCUGAGCUGUUGCAUGAUUUCGUAGGCUAGGAGCCUGGGAGACAAGAACAUAAUCUAGUGCUACAACCCAUAUAGGUGCCACCAGAUUCUUAGGCAACCUGCACCGAUUGAUUGAAUAUGUGUAUAUUGUUGUACAACUUAAGUAAAGAAGUUAA